AUGACAUUGUUUUACAAAUAUUACUCUAUUAAUAUUGUAGAAAAGUGCUACAAACCACAAUAUGUCGAUGGCUGCGGAUGGGUAGCGACAACAGAAACCCCAACGACAGCAUCAACGGUGCAACCACCGACAACAGCGGCCACAGAAGCCCCAACGACAGCACCAACGGCACAAUCCAAACGGAUGUCGAAUGCAAGGCGAGAAGAAAGACUGAAGGUCGACCAAUUUGAGUAG